AUGGUUUCUGGCCGAAACUUGCUUUAUUACUUUGAAUUUUACGUUCCAACUGAUACUAGUGGUAGUCCAACUGAUACAAAUUGUAGUCCAACUGAUACUAAUAGCAGUCCAACUGAUACUAGUGGUAUUCCAACUGAUACUAGUGGUAGUCCAACUGAUACUAAUGGUAGUCCAACUGAUACUAGUGGUAUUCCAACUGAUACUAGUGGUAGUCCAACUGAUACUAGGGGUAGUCCAAGUGAUACUAAUGGUAGUCCAACUGAUACUAGUGGUAUUCCAACUGAUACUAGUGGUAUUCCAACUGAUACUAAUGGUAGUCCAACUGAUGCAAGUUGUGGUCCAACUGAUACUAGUGGUAGUCCAACUGAUGCUAGUGGUAGUCCAACUGAUACUAGUGGUAUUCCAACUGAUACUAGUGGUAUUCCAACUGAUACUAAUGGUAGUCCAACUGAUGCAAGUUGUGGUCCAACUGAUACUAGUGGUAGUCCAACUGAUACUAAUGGUAGUCCAACUGAUAAAGUUAUACAGUUUAAGGAAUUACGACGAUUGCAACUCUUUAGCACAGAAACCAAAGAAAUCAUGUCCGGUAAUAAGUUCAAGAAAUAUAUAAUUGAAUCAACACUUUUUGCUGCAUUCUAUACAGUGAAGGGUGUUAUUAGCUCCAUUGUGUGGUCCACUAUAAAAUGA